CAGGUAAUCAGAAAACAAAUGUACCUUUUAUUUCCAUGUUUUAAUUGUUAAAAAUAUUUCAUUAUAAGUAAUGAUUCCUUCUUAUGUCAUGAAUUAGACAAAUCAUGUGGAAUCGAGUAUACAUACAGCAGAGUGUCACAAUGUGUGUGUGUGUGUGUGUGUGUGUGUGUGUCUGUGUGUGUGUGUGUGUCUGUGUGUCUGUGUGUCUGUGUGUGUCUGUGUGUGUCUGUGUGUGUCUGUGUCUUGUGUUAACCACCUUUACAUUUGCACAUACAGUCUUCCAGAGUGGAGACCUAUAUUGGGUAAGUGCAGUUUCAUGGACUGGUACCUUAAUUACUGCACUUAAAUUUACUUUCAGACAGCAAUACUUUACAGGAGGAUUAAAGUUUUAUGCUACUUUUUACUGCCUCUGUAAUAUUGUCAAUCAUUCAUGUCCAUCAUUUGUAAAUGUUCUUUUCAAAAUAUCCUUUUCUUUCAUAACAAAUUCAUCAGAUGUCUCUGAUCUCACACUGGGUCCAAGCAAAACCAAAACACAGCUUGACUGGCUGAAAGACAAGCCAGAGAAGAUAAAGACUCCAUCACGGUUUACACCUGAUCUGGUUAAGGAAGAUGGAGUGACUUCGUACAGGUUCAAGGGCCUGCGUCCAGGUGUAUUCCAGUGUGAUUUAACUAGGCUGGUGUUUACAAUGACCCGUCAGGGGGAGGUAUUAUACCGGAUCAUCCAGUGGGAUGAGGGUCUCCUUCUCUCAGCUAAAAAGGUCCCUGCAGGUCCACUGUUUAACAUCCAGGGUUCUGAGAAUGCCGUCUCUCAGCUGCAUCUCCCACACUGUGAAAACCAACCCUAUGGACGUAAUGAGCUCCUGUAUGUGGCCCACAUCGAUGAUGAUGGAAUGAGCAUCAUUCAGCCGGAGGAGAUAACGGAUACUCAUGUGGUUGUGAGUGUCCCACACUUCUCUGCCUUUGGCUUGGUAUGGGAUGUGGUCAUGAGUUUACUAAACAUCCAGAAACCAAUACGUGGCCAAGUUCUGCUGUUCCACCGACUGUACAUGAGGCAGAGUCAAAAACUCAACAUUUUUCUACUGCCAGAAAACGUGCCGCUGCCAGAGGUGAAAAGGCAACAGGGAAACGCAGAGUACAUCGAGGCUCCUUCUUCCUGUCAACUCAUCCAAGACCAAACCUACAGUUUGCACUGUCCUGAGGCCUACAGAAUACAACCUGAGUGUGCCUCAUUUGAAUUAAAGUAUGGACCAAAUUACCACCCGACUUUUGAGAUUCGGCUACCUCUGAGCACAGAAGAUACAACUGUGACAGUCCAAGACCAUGAGGGGAAACAUGCCUGGGAGUAUCAUGUUGAACUAAAUGGUUUAACAACAGCCUUGACCUCACUUGCCCUGUCAACCCCAUCUCCAGUCAGUGACCCAGCCAGGUUCCCAUUUCCAACUAAAGAAAGUGGUCCAGAUUCAAGUAGACAAAAUCUACAAAGAACUCAGAGUUUCCCAGGGAAGGAGGAGGAGAAGCUGUUCUCUGCUCGGACAGAGUUUGUUAACAGAGUGUCCACGUCUGUUAUAAAGGAUCUGCUCGAUAAACUUCUGCAAGAGAAAGUUGUAAACAGCGGGGAAAUGGAGUCCGUACGAGCAAUGGCCAGCAGGGCAGAACAAGCAAGAGAACUGAUUGACAUGGUGUUGAAAAAAGGGCAACUGGCUUGUAAAAUUCUGAUUGAUGCUUUCUGUGAACUAGAUCCAUUUCUUUCUGAAUUCCUGCAAUUACAGUGAUGCAAAAAUAGCAAACAGUGGAAUAAUGAUAACAGUCUUAGAUCAGUGAAUUUGGAAAACUGGGCAUAAUGAGAGAGUUUACAGUUAAAAACUUGUUUUGAAGUUUUACUCUGAUACACAGAGUUUUGCUAAAAUGCAAAUCUUUUUGAUAAUGAGUAACAGCUGUGCCAUAUUGACUGUCAGGCACAAGCAAUGCUGCCUGCUAACUGUUCAACAUAGUUUUUGUCUUUGAACAGAUUGGUGCAAAUAUCUAUUUAAGUAAUCGGCUGAUAUUUGCACAUCAGACUGAAAGUUCAUAUUGCAAGCUGUGUUUUGUAAUACAUAUUUUCAUUACAAUGUGUAUUUUUAUGUGUCAUAGUAUGCUCAAGUACAACAUGGCUUGUGGCCCUACCACCCUGAAUAUAUGAAAUUAGAAAAGGGAAAUAAUUCAGAUGAUGAUAUGUUUUUGACUGUCGCAUGCAUAUUUAUUAUUUGUGUUAAAGAUGUUUAAGAUGUUAUUCUAGAUAUUUUAAAAUGCAAAUGUUAUAUCAAUUUUGUCUGUUCAUAAAGAACCCAGACUACAUUUAUUUAAACAUUUUUUGCUGAUAUUUAUCAUAACUCCUCACUUCACUGCUUUUGCACUUUACUUAAGGAAGCUUUUAAGUUUAACAUUGUGGGAUCCUUUUAUGGGUUUUCUCUUUGUAUUCAGUCAUGGUAAUGCUUAAUACAGUCUGUACUAUGCAGUGUUCACUGUAUAUAAAUCUAAUAAUAUUACUUAUUAGAUUAAUAUUGCCCUGCUACUUUAAUAUUA